AAACCAAAAGAAGCCGACUUCUUAAAACCUCUCUAAACAUAAACCCUAGAAAAAUCCCACCCUCAAUUAGGGAAAAACAACUAGAAGAAAAAUGAGCGCAGGUUUCCUUAAGAAUGGUAACAAAGCGCAUCUCUACGUCAACACCAUAUGGAAGAGACAUUCCAUUUCCAAUUCAAUCGGGGCUCCGAUUAUCAGACACCAUUUCCAACAGCCAAAAGCUUCUUACUCUCGAUUUCCUCAAAGAAAAGCCAAGAUCGAGUUUCCUGUUCCAUUUCCUACCACCAAUAAUACGGAGGCUGCAACACGCCUGUCUUCCAUUUCAAAGGGUGGUCUUAUUGGGUGGUAUUUGGGUAUGGUUAAGACACAUCCUAUUCUUACUAAAAGUGUCACCUCCGCCCUUAUCUAUACUGCUGCUGAUUUAUCUUCUCAGACAAUGACACGGUCAUCUUCAGAGUCUUAUGAUUUUGUUCGGACUUUUCGCAUGGCUGGAUAUGGAAUGAUUGUGUUAGGCCCAGCGCUACAUUACUGGUUCAACUUUGUAUCAAGAAUCCUUCCAACACGAGACCUUAUUGCAACGUUCAAGAAGAUGUUCCUCGGACAGGCAAUUUUUGGGCCUGUUAUGACUGUUGUAUUCUUUUCUGUGAAUGCAGGCCUACAAGGUGAAAAUGGUGCAGAAAUUGUUGGUAGAUUGAAGCGAGACCUGAUCCCCACGAUGAUCAAUGGUGUUAUGUAUUGGCCUGUAUGUGAUUUUAUCACAUUCAGAUUCAUCCCUGUUCAUUUGCAGCCACUGGUGAGCAAUUCAUUUGCAUACAUAUGGACUGUGUACAUGACAUAUAUGGCAAGCUUAGAGAAAGCAGCCACCAACCAUUAAGACCCCACUGCUUCUGCUGUUGCUGCUACUUGUACCAUUCCACUCCCAGUUAAAAUGUUGCAGAAAUCUUGCACUUUCUUUGGAGUCACAAAUGCAGGUCUAACACCAACACCACUUCUGUAAAUGGGGCUGCAGCUAUCAGAGUCAUAUCUCUGUAGUUCUUCAUAAUUUGGAGCAACCAUAUUGUGCAUAUUGGACAUAUGGGUUCAUCCAAAAUGUUCAAGCUGUGAAACUUAUAUUUUAUACAGCAAUUACAAUAUAUGUUUUUUUGUUCGAUACGUAUGUUAAUGUAUUUGUAGUGUUUAUGUUUCACAAUGAAUUACAGAUUUUGUCCUCGUGGUUUAUG